AUGCUCUCCGUCAACAGCUCCCAGGGUCUCGCCUCGGUCGAGAAGGCUUUCCCCGACUACAUUGACAAUGUCAGCACCAUCGGAAAGAAGGAUCAGUCAAAAACCAUCAAGGCCCUGCAGGACUGCAUCGACCAGGCCAACAACAACAUCCUCCUUGCCCAGCCCUUCCUGAUCGCUGCCCUUCCCGCCAUCCUCAACGCCUGCGGCGACAAAAAGUCCAGCGCCGAGACCCGCGCCAAGGCCGAGCUUGCCGUCAAGACCAUCAACGACAAGAUGUCGCCCAACUGCCUCCGCGUGGCCCUCCCCCAUCUCCUCAAGGCCACCGACGACAGCUGCCGAUGGCCCACCCGUGUUGCCGCCCUCAAGGCCAUUGCCUCCUUUGGCGACCACGCUCCCGAGCAGCUCGGCUUUGCCCUGCCCGAGGUCAUCCCCGCCGUCUCCAGCUGCAUCGUCGACCUCAAGCAGGAGGUCUCGGAAGCCGCCGAGCAAGCUCUGCUGGCUGCCUGUGAGGUCGUUGGCAACCGCGACAUUGAGCACCUCACUCCCCACAUCCUGCAGUCCGUCAAGCACCCCAACGAGGUCCCCGAGCUCAUGCACAAGCUGGCCGGCGUGACCUUUGUCCAGUCCGUCGAGUCGCCUGCCCUGGCCAUGGUCACCCCUCUGCUGAUCCGUGGUCUCGCCACCCGCGCCAAGGCCACCGUCCGCCAGGCCGCCGUCAUCAUCGAGAACAUGUCCAAGCUCGUCGACCACCCCAUCGAUGCCGCCCCCUUCCUGCCCUCGCUGCUGCCUGCCCUCGAGAAGGCCGCCGACAUCCUGUCCGACCCCGAGGCCCGCGGUGUGGCCGAGCGCUCUGUCGCCCAGCUCAAGCGCCUCAGCGCCGCCGUCGACGAGGCCAUGCAGCUCGAGCAGCACAUCGACCCCGCCCGCGUCCUGGCCGUCAUCAAGGACAACGUCAAGACCGCCGCCUCGGAGGCCUACCUGACGCACAUUGCCGACCUGUGCUGCUCGCUCAUGUCGAUCCGCAAAUUUGACGAAGCCCACUUCAAGGAGGUCGAGGACCACCUCGUUGUCGUCGUCAAGGACGCCAGCGUCGCCAAGGACGUUGCUGCCGUCCUGGCCCGCGAGUGCGAGGCCAUGGCCAAGCCCCUCCCCAAGAAGGACGAGGAGGAGGACGACGCCGAGCAGCUCUGCGACUGCCAGUUCACCCUGGCCUACGGUACCAAGAUCCUGCUGCACAACACCCAGCUCCGCCUCAAGCGUGGUGCCAAGUACGGUCUCCUGGGCUCCAACGACUCUGGCAAGACCACGCUCAUGCGCGCCAUCGCCAGCGGCUCGCUCGAGGGCUUCCCCGACGCUUCCGAGGUCCGCACGGUCUUUGUCGAGGCCGACAUUCUCGGCGAGCUCUCGCAUCUGUCCUGUGUCGACUACAUCAUGGCGGACGAGCGCCUCAAGGACUUUGACCGCGAGAAGGUCCUGGGCGUCAUGGCCACUGUCGGCUUCACCGAAGACGGCAAGGCCAAGCCCACCAACCCCGUCUCAUCGCUCUCGGGUGGUUGGAGAAUGAAGCUCGCCAUGGCCCGUGCCAUGUUGCAAAACGCCGAUAUCCUGCUGCUCGACGAGCCCACCAACCACUUGGAUGUCAUCAACGUUGCCUGGGUCAAGAACUACAUCAACUCGCUCAAGAACGUCACCUGCAUCAUGGUCUCGCACGACUCGGGUUUCCUGCGCGACUGCUGCACCAAUAUCAUCCAGAUCACAAACCUGAAGCUCAAGCAGUUCCGCGGCAACCUCGACCGCUUCAUCGAGCUUAACCCCGAGGCCAAGUCGUACUUCCACCUCAAGUCCUCCAAGCUCAAGUUCAAGUUCCCCCAGCCCGGACCCAUCGAGGGCAUCAAGUCGCGCUCGAGAGCCCUCAUGCGCAUGACCCACUGCUACUACACCUACCCCGGCAACAAGAACCCCACCCUCCACGACAUCUCGAUCCAGGUCUCGAUGGCCUCGCGUGUCGGUUGUGUCGGUGAAAACGGUGCCGGCAAGUCGACCAUGAUCAAGGUCCUGACGGGCGAGCUCGUUCCCCAGCAGGGUGAUGUCUGGAUGCACCCCAACGCCCGUAUCGCCUACGUUGCCCAGCACGCCUUCCACCACAUCGAGUCGCACCUCGAGAAGACCCCCAACGAGUACAUUCGCUGGCGCUACGAGUUCGGAGAGGACAAGGAGGCCCUGGUCAAGGUCUCGAUGGUCUUUACCGAGGAGGAGCAGGCCCUCCAGAAGAAGCCCUUCGAGGUCAAGGAUCCGCUCAGCGGCAAGAUGGUCAAGCGUGUCGUCGUCGACGUUGUCGGCAACCGCCGCACCAACAAGCAGACCGGCGAGUUUGAGUACGAGGUCCACUUCACCAGCGACGCCUCGGCCGAGGGCCCCUACCUCGGCGCCAAGCUGCUCGCCAAGCAGGGCUGGGAGAAGGCUUGCAAGGCCAUUGACCAGCGCAUUGCCCAGAACUCGGGUCUGACCCGCCGCGCCCUCUCUGCCGUCAACGUCGAGAAGCACCUCAACGAAGUCGGCCUGGAGCCCGAGUUUGCGUCGCACACCCGCAUGGCUGCCCUCUCUGGUGGCCAGAAGGUCAAGGUCGUCCUGGCCGCUUCGCUCUGGAACGAGCCCCACAUCAUGAUUCUCGAUGAGCCCACCAACUACCUCGAUCGCGAGAGUCUGGGUGCCCUCGCUGCCGCCAUCGAGGACUACCAGGGCGGUGUCGUCAUCAUCUCGCACCACAACGAGUUCGUGUCGACCCUCUGCACUGAGGAGUGGGUCAUGGACGCCGGCCACCUCACCACCAAGGGCCAGUCCGGUUCCUGGAUGGACAAGCAGGACGACAAGAUCAGCGAUCAGGUUGUUCUGGAGUCGAUUACGGAUGCCACCGGCAACACCGUUGCCGUCAAGCAGAAGAAGAAGAUGAGCAAGCGCGAGGAGAAGGCCUACAUGAAGACUGUCAAGGCCAAGAUUGCCAACGGCGACGAGCUCGACGAGGACGAGGAGGAGUUUGCCUAUGCCAACAACCUCUUUGGUUAA